AUGGCGGUUGGAGCCAUUGGUGAUGAGGAGGAGUGGGUCAGCCUCUACGAGGAAGAGAAUGAGCCCGAUGCCCAGACGCUGGAGAUCCCAAACCUCACGCCCUACACUCAUUACAGAUUUCGCAUGAGGCAGGUGAACAUUGUCGGUACCAGCCCCUUCAGCCAGUCAUCCCGGGUCAUCCAGACCCUGCAGGCCCCCCCUGAUGUGGCUCCCACCAGCAUCACCGUGCGAACGGCCAGUGAGACCAGCCUGCGGCUCCGCUGGGUGCCGCUGCCUGAUUCCCAGUACAACGGGAACCCCGAGUCGGUGGGCUACAGGAUUAAGUACUGGCGCCCCGACCUCCAGGCCCAGGCACUGGCACAAGUCAUCAACGACCGGCUGGAGAGGGAGUUCACCAUCGAGGGGCUGGAGGAGUGGACAGAGUACGAGCUCCAGAUGCAGGCAUUCAACGCCAUCGGGGCUGGGCCCUGGAGCGAGGCAGUGCGGGGCCGCACACGGGAGUCAGGGUACCAGAUCGCCUACCGCCUGGCCAGCAGCAGCCCCAACACGUUCACCACGGUGGAGGUGGGUGCCACGGUGAGGCAGUUCACGGCCACCGAGCUGGCCCCGGAGUCCGCGUAUAUCUUCAGGCUGUCGGCCAAGACGAGGCAGGGCUGGGGGGUGCCGCUGGAGGCCACCGUCAUCACUACUGAGAAGAGAGAGCGACCGGCGCCCCCCAGAGAGCUCCUGGUGCCACAGGCCCAAGUGACCGCCCGCAGCCUCCAGCUCCGGUGGGUUCCAGGCAGUGACGGGGCCUCCCCCAUCCGCUACUUCACCGUGCAGGUGCGAGAGCUGCCCGGGGGAGAGUGGCAGACCUACUCCUCGUCCGUCAGCCACGAGGCCACAGCCUGUGCUGUCGAAAGGCUGAGGCCCUUCACUUCCUACAAGCUGCGUCUGAAAGCCACCAAUGACAUCGGGGACAGUGACUUCAGCACGGAGACGGAUGCGGUGACCACGCUGCAGGACGUUCCGGGAGAGCCUCCAAGUUUUGUCUCGGUCACGCCGCACACCACCUCCUCUGUUCUGAUCCAGUGGCGGCCUCCAAGAGACGAGAGCCUGAACGGCCUUCUGCAGGGUUACCGGAUCUACUACCGGGAGCUAGAGUCAGAGGCAGCCUCGGCCACCGUGUCCAAGACGCUCAAAACCCCUUCGGCUUUACGGGCCGAGCUCGCAGCCCAAAGCAGCUUCAAGACGGUGAACAGCUCCACGUUAACGACGUAUGAAUUAACACGUCUGAAGAAAUACCGGCGCUACGAGGUCAUCCUGACGGCCUACAACAUCAUCGGCGAGAGCCCGGCCAGCGCACCUGUGGAGGUGUUCGUCGGUGAGGCCGCCCCAGCCAUGGCUCCGCAGAACAUCCAGGUGACCCCGCUCACGGCCAGCCAGCUGGAGGUCACGUGGGACCCGCCGCCCCCGGAGAGCCAGAACGGGAACAUCCAGGGCUACAAGGUUUACUACUGGGAGGCAGACAGCCAGAACGAAACGGAGAAGAUGAAGGUGCUGUUCCUGCCGGAGACCGUGGUGAAGCUGAAGAACCUGACCAGCCACACCCAGUACCUGGUCAGAAUCUCCGCCUUCAACGCCGCCGGGGACGGGCCGCAGAGCGACCCCAGGCAGGGGCGCACGCAUCAGGCCGCUCCUGGGACCCCCAGCUUCUUGGCGUUCUCAGAAAUAACCUCUACCACGCUUAAUGUCUCGUGGGGCGAACCGGCGGCGGCCAACGGCAUCCUGCAGGGCUACCGAGUGGUCUACGAGCCCUUAGCACCCGUCCAAGGGGUGAGCAAGGUGGUGACGGUGGACGUGAAGGGGAACGGGCAGCGCUGGCUGAAGGUGCGCGAUCUCACCAAGGGAGUCACCUACUUCUUCCGCGUGCAGGCGCGGACCAUUGCCUACGGGCCUGAGCUGCAAGCCAAUGUCACGGCCGGGCCAGCCGAGGGCUCCCCGGGGUCCCCCAGAGAUGUCUUGGUCACCAAGUCCGCCUCUGAACUGACCCUGCAAUGGAUCGAGGGAAAUGCGGGCAGGACGCCCACCACCGGCUAUGUCAUCGAGGCCAGGCCCUCAGAUGAAGGCCUCUGGGACAUGUUUGUGAAGGACAUCCCCCGCAGCGCCACAUCCUACACCGUCAGCCUGGACAAGCUCAGGCAGGGAGUGACCUACGAGUUCCGGGUGGUGGCCGUGAACCAGGCGGGCUACGGGGAGCCCAGCAGCCCCUCCACGGCCGUGUCAGCUCAAGUGGAAACCCCGUUCUACGAGGAGUGGUGGUUCCUCCUGGUGAUGGCGCUCUGCAGCCUGAUCGUCAUCCUGCUGGUGGUGUUCGCCCUGGUCUUGCACGGGCAGAACCGGACAUACGGGAGCUGCAGCAGAGGUAAGAGCAUCUCCAACAUGGAGGAGUCCGUGACACUGGACAACGGAGGGUUUGCUGCCUUGGAGCUCAACAGCCGCCACCUCAAUGUCAAGAACACCUUCUCGAAGAAGAAUGGGACCAGGUCCCCGCCGCGGCCCAGCCCCGGUGGGCUGCACUACUCAGACGAGGACAUCUGCAACAAGUACAACGGAGCCGUGCUGACCGAGAGCGCCAACCUCAAGGAGAAGUCAGUGGACGCUUCGGAAUCCGAGGGCACCGACUCUGAGUCUGAGGAUGCGCCCCCCCAGCACUCCUUCGUCAACCACUACAUGAGCGACCCCACCUACUACAACUCGUGGAAGCGGCGGGCCCCGGGCGGGCGCGCCCCGCACAGGUACGAGGCGGUGGCGGGCGGCGAGGCGGGGCCGCACCUGCACACCGUGGUCACCACGCAGAGCGCCGUGUUCGCGCCCGCGGGCCCUGGCGCCCGGACUCCGCUCACCGGCUUCUCCUCCUUCGUGUGACGGCCCCAGCGGGGCCUCGGCGGACCUCCCAGCCUCCUUUUGUUAAGACAAUCAACUCCAAUAACUGAGCUCGAGCUUUUGUUUAAAGAGAAUUCUGAUAAGUGAUGAUUUUACCUACUUGUGGACACUAGAUUUCAAUUAGGAAGGUUUUUUUAACGGCUUUUUGUAACAUCACUGCAGGAAGCGGGUUUCUUUGUUUUCUUUUCUUUUUAUGAGAAGGUGUAUUUCCGUGGUGCAAUGGCGGGAAGGCCUCAGACCCCCCAGCCCCCCGGCCCCGGGUUUCUCCGUCCCACGCCCAACCUGGGAGGCUGCAGGGGGAGGAAGAGCGGGGAUGGAGGGAGCCUGCGUCCAGACGGCUCCUUCCUCUUCUCCACCUCCUGUGCCUCCAGAGAACCACUGUGCGCCGGGCUCCCCAUUGGUGCCACCGCCCGGCUGGGCUCUGGCCGCCUCCCCGCCCGCAGAGCGAAGUCUGCCCUGGGCUCCGCGAUUUUCCACCCGACUGCAUCCACCUCGGAAAUACUCUCCCUCCGCAGUUUCUAGGCAAGGAAUCAGCUUCCAGGUUCCUGGCAAGGGGGCGAGAGAUUGCGAGGUGGGGUCGUCUGACCCGGUGAUGACCCCGUUGGCUGCACCGUGUCACCCCAGUGGUGAAACAUCUGGGCCGUUUUCUUCCUUUCUGUCCUUAAACCCGACGGUGCAGAGCCGGAAACCACCCCGGGCUGGAGGCCCCACGCCGGCCCUCACUCAGCGAGCCUGCUCCUUCCCGAGAACACAGCACACGGCCAACCCCGCUAACCCAGACAGAACCGGGCGGCGCUUGCAGAAUUGCUUGUUGUGUAAGAGGUGUGCAUUGUUAACCAGAGUAUUUUUUAAAUCUUUUUAUCUUUUUUUAAAAUAUGCCACAUGAAAUGAAUGAGUCUCUGCUGUCUCCAGGUGCCUUUUUAUUGUUUAGCUUUGUACAUGAGAAAGACGAAAAGCGUCAGUGUCUCCAAAUAAAGCAAAACAGCUCUGA